GCACUCCAUCCUGUGGAAACCUUUGGCUGCGCCCUUGAGGUUGAUCCCGUACAAUCAGAUCGAGAAGAUGUCUUAAAAAGGAGAUCCGAUCCGAAGCACUAUGAGGCAAUAUCCUACGGUUGGGGGGACUCAGCAUUGUCACAUUCGCUCAAUUUCGGAAAUGCCUCGAGACUAGAAAUUACCCGGAAUGUCAAUACCAUGCUUCGUUACUUUCGAAGAAUCGACAGGCCUCGCUAUCUCUGGGUCGACGCUCCUCCAUGCCUGAAUCAGCGAGAUGAGAAAGAGAAAGGAGUUCAGGUGCGGCUCAUGGGUAAGAUCUAUAAGCAAGCGCACAAGGUACACAUUGACGAGGCAGGACUGCGAUCAUGUGCCCAAGGUUUUCACGGCCUUAAAAGCCUUCGCGGUUUGUUCGAAAAUUAGUGAACAACCUGACUCGCAGCAAAUCCAAGGAACACUAGAGGGCAUUUUUAGUCGCGGACAUCUCACGAACCUAAACAUGUUUUUCUCACGAUCAUGGUUCGGAAGACGUGGAGUGCCCCAAGAAGCUGCAAUGGCCCACCAUGCCACAAUCCAUUGUGGUGACUCAAAGUUAGAUUGGCGCUGGUUCUCUAGAGGCGCUCAAGUCCUUUUAUGGCAGCUCAACAAGGGCUCGAAAUACCCAAAAGGUCAUGCAGUGGAUUGGAGACGGUAUCCGCCAUUUUCAAGUCGAGCGAAGCUUUAUUAUUGCACUACCUUUGGAGUUUCCAUUCCCCAGAAUGCUCGAUGCCAGAAUACAGGACCUCCGCCAUCUUUGGGAUGGCUCAGGACGCAUCUAGCAUUAUCGCCGUCGACUAUUCACUUCACAGGACCGAAAUCUUCGCUCGAGCUGCGACUUUCUCCUUCGAGAAAUGCCCUCUUCAGAUGUUCCGAUAUUUAACUUGUUUUAGCUGCUUGUCCAAGAUGCGCACUGAAUUGUCAUAAUUGGAGCAAUUCUCGUCCGAACAAUUUUCUUUCAAGAGAAUAUAAUAGAUGGGAUGCAUCGUUCCCUUGAGACUCCGUCGCGUUCCCAGAUAGUCGAAAACUUCGUCUAAAAUUGGGCUAUGCAGGCCGGGUUCGCUAUGAUGGCGACUUCCGAGUCCUCAAAUGUCAGCAACCUCGUCCUUCCAAACCGGUUGCUCCACAACCCAUCUCACCAGACUAGCUUAUCUUGCAUUCAUCAUAUUUAAGAAUUUAUCUGGGUAAAGUAAGGGCCGUGAAUCAAGUUUAAACUUCGCCGAAAACACUUGAUAUUUCUAGACUAU